GUAUUCUGUAGUGUAACUAAAAGCAUUCAAUUCUCAGGGUUGGUAGAUAUGCAUAUUAUAUAUACACAUGUUAUCAAAAUGGCAGUUAUAAUCUGAAAUCAAGAAUGGCUAAAGCAAAGUUGUGCAUAUUUCUGGGUGCACUUCUGGGAUUUCUUCUUCUAAAAGUUCACUGGCAGUAUGAGUAUCCAGGAUGGUCAGAAACUGUAAAUAUAACUGGCUCAUUGAUAACUUUUGAGCGAUCUCAAGACAUGAUAUUAGUAUCAAGAGGAAAAGAUACAGUUGUUGACAUGUACAAAGCCAUGGGAUGGUCUCAUGUUCAUGAUCGCUAUGUUCAAAUCUGUAUUUUUCGUUUGGCUUCACAAGGACUUCUGACAAAGUAUCUGCCUUACAGUGAGGCGUUGUACAAGCAGGACAUCAAAAGCCGACAAAUGAACUUUCAGGAUUAUUCUUUGAAAAGUUUACCAUACAUUCUGUCUGAUCAAAUGAAGCAACUUGAUGGUUAUGUUGAUGGUAUCAACUCUUAUUUACAGUCCCAUCCUCGACCACUGGAAUUCAUACUAUUCAAUUAUGUACCUGAACCUUUCGUUGCUGCUGAUGUUCUGACCAUUAAUAAGUUCAUUGCUUAUGCAGGACUUAACGAUAUCUGCUUGAUUGUUGAAAAGCUUGUACUUGAGAUUGCCAGGGAGACUGACCAACUAGAAAUCUUUAAGAUGGUUUUUGAGCCUCAUUUGAAUCAUGUCAAUGAUGAAUUAAUCGAAAUUUAUAAGACCAUCAAGGAUUUUAGAUCUCUGGGUGAUCAAAAUACCAUUCAUGUACCAAAACUCACAAACAGCAAUAAUUGGGUUGUAUCCGGGAAACUAUCCCAAAGUGGUUUUCCUAUCUUGGGAACUGAUCCGCACAUGGAUAUCAGCAACAAUCCCAAUAUCUUUUAUGAAAGUCAGUACAUUGGAGAGGAUGGUCUCAAUGUGAUUGGAAUUUCUGCACCUGGUAACCCUGGAAUAGUCAUGGGGAGAAGCAGCUAUGUUGCUUGGGGUUUGACAUUUGGCAUGCUUGAUAUGUCUGAUUAUUUCGUUGAAAACAUUGACAACAUGCGUUAUGAGAGGGAUGGACAAUUUCUCCCGUUGAAGGAAAGAGUUAUCUCAAUUGCUGGAAAAGACUGUUACUUCUACGAUACCAAUGAUGGCCACACAAUUGAAAGAAGCCUGGAGAGCAUAAACAAACCAAUUGGCUCAGGACGAUAUCUUGCUGCAAAGUAUGCUCUAACUACUGAUGCUGAUGGCUCUAUGGUAGAUUUACUAUCUUCUGGUGUUUUAGCCAAAAAUAUCUUUGAGAUGAAAGAUAAACUAGCAGUCAACUUAUUAGGAACUAAUUAUGUUCUUGCAGAUACUAGUGGGAAUAUAGCCUAUCAGCAGGGAGGAAAUGUUCCUACGAGGAAAACUUCUACUGGAUUACUACCUCUACCCGCCUGGAAACCUGAAAACCUCUGGCAGGGGUACCUGUCUGCUGAUGACUACCACUCUGUGGUGAAUCCGCCUGAGGGCUUCCUCACCACAGCAAACAACCACAUACAGGAUCCAGAUAAACCUAUAGUCUCUACUUUCUCAGCACUUCCCAACAGGGUUAACAGGAUAAAGCAGUUGCUACAGAGCAAAGAUAAGUUCUCAACAGAAGACUUCAAAGAAUUCCAGUCAGACACACACUCUCUCGUAGCUGAACAGAUCCUACCUGUUGUUGCUCCUUACCUGGGAACUUCAGAUAUUGAAAAGGAGUUACUGCAAUGGGACUUUGUUUCAAAACUUGAAUCAAAACCCGCCGCUUUCUUCAAGAUCCUCUACAAAAAACUGACAACAAAUAUUCUACACCAAUUCUUUUCACCGGAUCGAGCCGAGAAGUACAUCACCUACUGUGCGUACCCUCUGACUAAACUAGUUAGCAGGGUGGUAGAAUCCAACAAUGUUACCUUACUCCCUCCUGCAGUCAUAAAACAGAGCAUCAUGGCCACUCUAGACCAGUACAAGGGUGAGAAUUAUGGUGAGAUUGAAAAGAUAACGAUAAAUAACAUGAUAUUUGGCGGAAAGCUUCCGUCUUGGCUCGGGUUGGAUAGGAAGGACAUGCCCACAUCACACUGUUUUGAGUGUGUCAAAGUUGGAAACCCCAGAUACAAUCAGUUCGGUGGACCUAUCUACAUUUCACAGGCGUGGAAAAUGGUGACAGACCUGGGGACAAACGUGUUAGAAACUGUGCUACCUGGCGGGCCCGGUGGCAACAUUCUCAGUAACUUCUACGGUCGAGAAAUAGACAUGUUCUUAGAGGAUAGGUACAAGAAAAUAGAACUUUAAGCGCUUGUGGUAUGUGGACGUUAAGGAUGAAAAAGUAGAUGAAGGAGUAAAAUGUGAUUUUUAAAUGCAUGUCUGAUUUGUGAAAGUUUGGUUCUGUUAGCGUGCUAUAUUUAUGUCUAUAGUACUUAUAAGUUGAAUAAUUGUACGUGUUAGUAAUGUGUGGUAGUUCUAAAAUUCAAGUCAUGAUAUAUUAAAGUCACUAUUGUGACGGUACAUUAGAACUAGACAGAAACAAAGUGUGAACGGAACCCCUCAGUUUCAGUUCCUUGUUUAACACUGCCGUACAGCAAGGACAUCCACCUGGUUCUCCAAGGAUGGGCACAUAGCUCACUCCACACUAUGCUCUGUCAAAUAUAAUGUGUCAUGAUAUAUAAUGUCAAAUGUGUCUUGAUUGUUAUAAUUAAAAUUGUUGCUUUUGUUGAUUUCUUGAAUGGUUUUCUAACGAGACACUCCAAAGUUAACUACAAUAUGAGUUAACUGAAAAGGUCGCCAUUAUUUUAAACUAAUCUAUUGGCAAGAUUUACUUUAAAGAAUUUUAUCUAGUUAUUCAAGUUUAUUUUAUUGAGUCAUUUUCUAUCUAAAUUCAUUUUUUCUUGCUUGUAACUACAUGUCUAAUGUCUAGUUGGUCAUGUAAUGAAGUUUAAUAAGAUGCCCAUGCUGUUAUCUAAACCUUCAUUCUACCCUGAUUUCCGUAUAACCAAAUAGUUUAUCUAUCUGUGGUCUUUCUGUGGUCGUUUCUUUGUUGUUCUUUGUUUUGUAAUUCUAUCCUGAUAAUUUUAAUUGUAUGAGACAAAUUUUUAUAAAUAAUUGUUUUAAUUUAUCAUGAAACAGAUUAUGUUUCGCAUAUCUAUUGUAUUAAUUUUAGGGUUUUUCACAAAUAUUAAAUUGUUCAGAGGGUUUAUCAAAUAUAAGCUGAUUUUAUAUUCAACGAUUUUAAUGUUUAAAAUUGAGGUAUCCCAAAAAAUUACGUACGAUUUGUCUUUUAGUAACUUAUGUUAGUUAAAUAACAUAGAGUAACUAUAUAUUAUGAUUGGUUUCUGUCUGUGAUAAACUUUUCGUGAA